AAAUCGUACGCGUGCAAGCGGGGAAACUGUGCUCAAGGGAAACGAGGAGACGCAUGAAAUAACUGUUUAUUAAGCUUCAUGCGUUUUUAAAGUGCUUGCAAAUUCAAAACGUCGUCGGCAUGGAUCCGUUAUUGUAUUUGGGAGGGUUAGCUGUGUUGUUUUUGAUAUGGAUCAAAGUGAAAGGCUUGGAGUACGUGAUUAUACACCAGAGAUGGAUCUUCGUGUGCCUGUUUCUCCUGCCCUUGUCCGUCGUGUUUGAUGUGUACUAUCACCUGCGCGCCUGGAUCAUCUUCAAGAUGUGCUCCGCGCCCAAACAGCACGACCAGCGGGUCAGAGACAUUCAGAGACAGGUGCGAGAAUGGAGGAAAGAUGGAGGGAAGAAAUAUAUGUGCACGGGACGUCCGGGAUGGCUGACUGUGUCCCUCAGAGUGGGAAAAUACAAGAAAACUCACAAGAACAUCAUGAUUAACAUGAUGGACAUCCUGGAGGUUGACACAAAACAAAAGGUAGUGCGUGUGGAGCCUUUAGCUAACAUGGGUCAGGUGACUGCUCUGCUCAACUCUAUUGGCUGGACACUGCCGGUGCUGCCAGAACUCGAUGACCUCACUGUUGGCGGGCUGGUGAUGGGAACAGGCAUUGAGUCUUCAUCUCACAUCUACGGCCUGUUUCAGCACAUCUGUGUGGCCUUUGAGCUGGUGUUGGCUGACGGCAGUCUGGUCCGCUGCACUGAGAAAGAAAACUCUGACCUGUUUUAUGCCGUUCCCUGGUCCUGCGGGACUCUGGGGUUUCUGGUUGCGGCAGAGAUCCGGAUAAUUCCAGCUCAGAAAUGGGUGAAGCUGCACUAUGAACCUGUUCGCGGCUUGGAUGCAAUUUGCAAAAAGUUUGCUGAGGAAUCUGCCAAUAAGGAGAACCAGUUUGUUGAGGGACUUCAGUACUCUCGGGACGAGGCUGUGAUUAUGACCGGCGUCAUGACGGAUCAUGCAGAGCCUGACAAGACUAACUGUAUAGGUUAUUAUUACAAGCCGUGGUUCUUUCGGCAUGUGGAGAGUUUCCUGAAGCAGAACCGCGUUGCAGUGGAGUACAUUCCUCUCCGCCACUAUUACCACAGACACACCCGCAGCAUCUUCUGGGAGUUACAAGACAUUAUUCCAUUUGGGAAUAACCCGUUGUUCCGGUAUGUGUUUGGCUGGAUGGUUCCUCCAAAGAUCUCUCUGCUAAAGCUUACUCAGGGAGAGACCAUCCGCAAACUGUACGAGCAGCACCAUGUGGUGCAGGACAUGCUGGUCCCCAUGAAGGACAUCAAGGCUGCCAUCCAGCGUUUCCAUGAGGACAUUCAUGUGUAUCCUCUGUGGCUGUGUCCAUUCCUUUUGCCCAACCAGCCAGGAAUGGUGCAUCCUAAAGGAGAUGAAGAUGAACUGUAUGUUGAUAUCGGAGCAUAUGGAGAACCUAAGGUCAAACACUUUGAGGCCACAUCAUCCACACGGCAGCUGGAGAAGUUUGUCAGAGACGUUCACGGAUUCCAGAUGUUGUAUGCUGAUGUAUACAUGGAACGCAAGGAAUUCUGGGAGAUGUUUGACGGCACUUUGUAUCACAAACUCAGAGAGGAGCUCGGCUGUAAAGAUGCAUUCCCUGAAGUCUUUGACAAAAUCUGCAAGUCUGCAAGACAUUGAAUCCAAAUGAACCUGAGACAUGGCCAAAACAAUAAACAAAACAUAUGAUAUAUUGCUGACAACAUUGGGGUCAGACACACUUAAAACAUAGAUACUCUUAUUCACAAUGGAGCACCAGCAAAUGUGACAAUAUUUUAUAAAAAUAAUUUUUAUUCCUU